AGACAAAAGCGCGGCGCUGAUUGGCCCAGGGAGGGGGUGACGGGGCGGGAGCAGCGGGGAGGGAGAAUGGGGAGCCGCGCGAGCGUGCGGGGAGCGGCGGAACCGCGGCCGGAGCCGGCAGGAGAAGCCCCAGUUCGCCGCCCGUCCUCCCCGCCCCCCCCCGGCGAGAUGCAGCCGCAGGGGGCCCAGAGCCGCUCCGAGGGCUGCGGAUUGUUGCGGGAGGAGCUGAGCCAGGACAGAGCCUUCCAGCGCGGCCAGCCUCACAUCUUCAUCAUCCUCGGGGCCUCGGGUGACCUGGCCAAGAAGAAAAUAUAUCCAACAGUGUGGUGGCUGUUCCGGGAUGGGCUGCUCCCCGACCACACCCACGUGGUUGGCUUCGCCCGCAGCGACCUCAGCGUGCAGCAGAUCCGGGAGCAGACCUUGCCCUACCUCAAGGCCACCCCGGAGGAGGGUCCCCUCCUGGAGCAGUUCUUCUCCCGGCACAGCUUCGUGCGAGGCCUCUAUGGGGACUCUGCCUCCUUCCAGCGGCUGCAGCAGCACCUGGAGGCCCUGCCCGGGGGGGUCGGUGCCCACCGCCUCUUCUACCUGGCGCUGCCCCCCGGGCUCUACACCAGCGUCACACAGCACCUGCGGGACCACUGCAUGGGGCAGGGCUGGAACAGAGUCAUCGUGGAGAAGCCUUUUGGCCGGGACCUGGCCAGCUCCGAGGCCCUGAGCCAGCACCUGGGAAGCCUUUUCCGGGAGGACCAAAUCUACCGCAUCGAUCACUACCUGGGCAAGGAGAUGGUGCAGAACCUCAUGGUGCUCAGGUUUGGGAACCGCAUCUUCGGCCCGGUGUGGACGCGGGACAGCGUGGCCUGCGUGGUGCUGACCUUCAAGGAGCCCUUCGGCACCGAGGGCCGCGGGGGAUACUUCGACGACUUCGGCAUCAUCCGGGACGUGAUGCAGAACCACCUGCUGCAGAUGCUGUGCCUGGUGGCCAUGGAGAAGCCUUCGUCCACAGACCCUGAUGAUGUGCGGGACGAGAAGGUGAAGGUGCUGAAGUGCAUCAGUCCUGUGGAGCUGGAGGAUGUGGUGCUGGGGCAGUACGUGGGGGACCCCCAGGGCCCCCCCGAGCGGCAGAAAGGUUACCUGGAUGACCCCACGGUGCCCAAGGGCUCCACCACGGCCACUUUCGCUGCGGCCAUCCUGAGGGUCAACAACGAGAGGUGGGACGGGGUGCCCUUCGUGCUGCGCUGCGGCAAGGCCCUGAACGAGCGCAAGGCGGAGGUGCGGCUGCAGUUCCGGGAGGUGCCAGGGGACAUCUUCGAGAGGCAGUGCAAGAGGAACGAGCUGGUGGUCAGGGUGCAGCCCGACGAAGCUGUCUACACCAAGCUGAUGACCAAGAAGCCAGGGCUCAGCCUGCAGCCCGAGGAGUCCGAGCUCGACCUCACCUACGGCAGCAGAUACAGGGGCGUGAAGCUGCCGGACGCCUACGAGAGGCUGCUGCUGGACGUCCUCUGCGGGAACCAAAUGCACUUCGUGCGCAGCGAUGAGCUGAGGGAGGCCUGGAGGAUCUUCACUCCCCUGCUGCACCGCAUCGAGCAGAGCCCCCAGCGGCCCCUGCCCUACGUCUACGGCAGCCGCGGCCCGGCGGAGGCGGACGAGCUGCUGAAGCGUGCAGGGUUCCUGUACGAGGGCACCUACCGCUGGAUCAACCCCCACAGGCUCUGAGCCCCA